AUGGCCGCGCCCCCGCGCCCCGUCUCUCCCGCCCGCACGCGCGCGCACUGCCGCGCCUGCCUGUGGCCACCCUCGCCCCCAGGCCGCUCUCGUGCGAGCUCCCUGCGCCGGGCCCACCCGCCAUUGGCCGCCACCGGCCGCCGCUUCCCGUGCCCCGCUCCGGUGCCGCCCGCGCCGCCGCGGAUGCGCCGCACCGGCCGCGUCCCGCGCCCGCUGGCCUUCGCCGCGCCGACUCCGGCCGCCCCUGGCCACUGGCACCCCCCUCUCCUUGCUCCGGCGCCCUGCUGUGGCCGCCGGCGCCCGGUCGGGUUCGCCCCUGCCGGCCACGCCCGCAGCGCCCCUUCGGGCUAUGCCCGACGCCCGACCCGCUAUGGCCCUGGGCCACUGCCAAACGGGGCCCGCGCCCCCCCACAGAACGUUUACAAAAAAAGGAAAAUGAAAUGA